AUGAUAAAAACAAUUGUUAAUCAAACAAUUUUAAAUAAAAAUUUUAUAAAUAAAAAUGUGUAUAAUAAUAUAAAUAAAUGUUAUCAUCAUCAUCAUUAUACAACAACAACUACAAACACAACAACAGAUAAAUCAAGACAGAAAUUAUUUUCAUUUGGAUCGUUUGAUAAUUUAAAAUUGGGAGUACCAGGUAAUAAUGAUAAACUAAUUCCAACACAAAUUACACAUUUACCACCAUUUUUAAAGAUUAAACAAUUUGGUAGUUCAUGGUUAAAUUCAUUCUUAUUAACAGAUGAACAAAAUGAAAAUGAUCCAACCAUUUCAAAUAAAGUUUAUAUGUGGGGUACAAAUAAAUCUGGAAAUAUGUCAUUACCAUCGGAACAAUAUAGAUUUCCAACUACUAUAGAUUUAUUAAAAAAUACAUUUGUUGAAAAAGUUAUUGGUGGUAGAUCAUUUACUUUAGUUUUAACAAGAGAUGGUAAAGUUUUAGGAUUUGGUGAAAAUAAUUUUGGACAAUUAGGAUUAGGUGAUACUAGAAAUAGAACAGCACCAACUCCAGUUGAAACAUUAAAUAAUCAACAUAUUAUUGAUAUUGGAGUUGGAUUAGAUCAUUCAAUCGCAGUCACUAAAGCAGGACAUGUAUUUGGAUGGGGAUAUAAUGUUGAAGGUCAAAUUGGACAAAAGGUAGUGGAAUAUACAAGAAUGAAUAGUACAACAGAGGUAAUGGAUGGAGAGGAGGAAGGAGGAGCCGGUAGUCUUAGGGAACAAAUGAUACCAGAUGUUGAAUAUACUCUACCAACAUUGGUACCAGGUUUAGAGCAAAUUAAAAUUUCAAAUGUUUUUUGUGGUUAUGAUAGCACUUUCCUUUUAUCAGCACGUGGUAACGUUUAUUCAUUUGGUUCUAAUGAAAUUGGUACACUAGGUUUGGGUUCCGAAUUAAAGGGUAGAGUUACAAAACCAACUAAAAUCAAAUUCACUGAAACAAAUGAAAAGAUUAAACAACUAUCAAGUGGUGCAUCACAUACAUUAUUUUUAACCAGUGGUGGUAAUGUUUAUUCAUGUGGUUGGGGUACUGAGGGUAGAUUAGGAUUAGGUAUGGAUACUUCAAAUCGUGAUUCUCCAACUCUUUUAAAAUAUUUCAAUCAAAAUAAAAUUAAAAUUGUUAAAGUUGCUGCUGGUGGUUCUCAUUCAAUGGCUUUAGAUGACCAAGGUAGAGUUUAUACCUGGGGUAAUGGUUCAAAUGGUAAAUUAGGUCAUGGUAAUGAAUCUGAUGAAAAUUUACCAAAACAAAUUAAUUUCUUUAGUCAUUCAAAUGUUAUUGAUAUUUUUGCUGGUAUUGAUAAUUCUUUAGUUUUAAUUAAAGAAUAA